UGGUUUCUAAAAUUUUUAUUACCUCUUUGAAAACACAAGUUACUGCAAAUGAGCUGAAACAUAACACAAAAUUACUCUGAUUUGUUUCUUUCCUCUUGAACGUAACCCUGGAUCGCAGUAAUUUCUUUCCUAAACUGGAGGCGCAGUAGAAAGUAAACAAGCUCCCCUCUCUUCUCCUCUGCUCGAAUUUCUUCGUCGAAUUCGCCAAAGCGUCCGUCUCCGACUCACUCGCUGUCCCUCUAUCGGCGCUAUAAAGCUCGCGCCUUUGUCGCCGUCUCUUCACGUGCGCGCCACCACCUUCCAUGCAAGGGUAGUAGGGGCACGGCUGUCUCGUGUGUGUGCAAUCCGCGCGCCGCCUUUCCAUCGACUCGCCGGCGCAGCCGCCGUUCCUCGUUAGAUCCAUGGCCGCGGAGGAUCCCCCAGCGCCGGCGCCGCAAGAGCAGCGGGAGCAGGAGACCGGCGCGGGGGGACGGCGGACGGACAAGCAGGGGCGCCGCCUCGAGGUGUACCACGAGGUGCUUGGCCGCCUCCGCGGCGCAGCCGCCGCGCCCGUCGAGAUCUCGCCGGCCUUCGAGGACGCGCUCUGGGCCCACUUCCACCGCCUCCCCGCCCGGUACGCAUUGGAUGUGAACGCGGAGAGGGCGGAGGACGUGGUGACGCACCAGCGGCUGCUGGAGGAGGCCCGCGACCCGGAACGGCGGCCCGCCUUGUCGGUGCGCGUCGUCCAGGUUUCUAGAAUUAUUGAUGGUGAUAUGGGUGAUUCUUUCAACCCUGACACGGAGACGGUUGCUUCUAAUCACGUGGCUAACCAAUUGGUUCACCCUCCUCCUGCAUUUGGUUCUUCCUCCAAUCUAGAGGCGCUUGGUCUCGAAACAAGUGAAGGCGAUGCCAGGAGCACUAACAAUGCUGAUAUUAGUGUUCAUCUUAUUUCCAGGCCAAUGCAUGAGAUAACUUUUGCAUCGAUUGAUAAGCCAAAGCUCCUUAGUCAGCUGACCUGCUUGCUUGGUGAGCUCGGUCUUGACAUCCAAGAAGCACAUGCAUUUUCAACAAUUGAUGGUUACUCCUUGGAUGUAUUUGUUGUCACUGGGUGGCAUCUUGGGGGUACUGAGCAGCUACAAGGAAAAUUACUUCAGAAAUUUCACAAAAUUGAGUGUUGUCUACAGGCACAAUCUUGGACAGUAUCAAGCUCAUCAUCACCAUCAUUGGAAGGUCUGCAAGGUGCAGAAAAUAUGCCAUCUACAAGUGUGGAAAUACCAACAGAUGGUGCAGAUGUUUGGGAAAUUGAUCUGAAACUGCUCAAGUUUGGAAAUAAAGUUGCUUCUGGAUCAAAUGGCGACCUGUACCGUGGAUCAUACUGCAGUCAAGAUGUUGCCAUCAAAGUAGUGAGGCCUGAGCGCAUGAGUGCGGAUAUGUACCGAGAUUUUGCACAGGAAGUGUACAUUAUGAGAAAGGUUCGUCACAGGAAUGUUGUGCAGUUUAUCGGUGCCUGUACAAGACAACCAAACUUAUACAUAGUAACAGAUUUCAUGUUAGGAGGGAGUGUCUAUGAUUACCUCCAUAAAAAGAACAGUUCUUUCAAGCUUCCAGAAAUACUGAGAGUGGCAACCGACAUCUCUAAAGGGAUGAACUACCUGCAUCAGAACAACAUGAUUCACCGCGACCUCAAGACUGCAAAUCUUCUCAUGGAUGAAAACAAGCUUGUAAAGGUUGCAGAUUUUGGUGUUGCACGUGUCAAAGAUCAGUCUGGAGUGAUGACUGCAGAAACUGGAACUUACCGUUGGAUGGCACCUGAGGUCAUAGAACACAAGCCAUAUGAUCACAAAGCAGAUGUUUUUAGCUUUGGUGUUGUUCUGUGGGAGCUGCUAACUGGCAAGAUCCCUUAUGAGUACCUAACACCACUGCAAGCAGCAAUAGGUGUUGUUCAGAAGAGAAUUAGGCCGACAAUCCCAAAAGACACCCACCCCAAGUUCGCGGAGCUGCUUCAGAAAUGCUGGCAUAGAGAUCCAGCUGAAAGGCCUGACUUCUCCCAGAUACUGGAAAUCCUUCAGAGACUCUCCAAAGAGGUGGGAUCUGACACUGUGGGUCGCCAUAAAGCGAAGUCAGGUUUUCUUUCAGCACUGAAGAGAAGCCACUGAAGGGCACAAAAUAGUUAGUUAUUCCAAUGUAGGUGUUUGAUGCAUAAUGUAACUGCAGAGUCCUGCUGGAGUAAAUUGCAUUGUAGUGUACAGUCAUAUGCUGAUGUUUUGGUCUCUUGGCUCGUUUGCUUCCUUUGUUAUUUUGGCUUUAAUCAUCCCUUGUUCUAGUUUUGUUGAAUUUUGUUAACAAAGAAGAGAUGUGCUCAAAAUUAGUAUA